GUAUGGCAUCGUCUUUCGAAACGCCGUCCUUUUCUGUCCGCCAUUACUCUCAACGUGUUUCUUUUCGCUGAUCGCCGUUUGAAGAGCCAUCAAUCAACAUGCAGAACGACGCCGGUGAAAACGUUGACUUGUACAUCCCCCGUAAAUGCUCUGCAAGCAACAGAAUCAUCCACGCCAAGGAUCAUGCUUCUAUUCAGAUCAAUGUAGCUGAUGUUGAUGAGAAGACAGGCAUUGCUCUGCCCACCUUCAAGACUUAUGCCAUCUGUGGUUCCAUUCGUCGCAUGGGAGAAUCAGAUGAUUGCAUUAACCGACUAGCCAAGAAAGAUGGAGUCCUUGCCAAGAAUUUUUAAUUUUUCUUGUUGGGCAAGAAGGGUUGAAUGAAAAAUAAAAGUUUUCUUACCCAAAA